AUGGCUGAGAUUCGUCGCAAGCUUGUCAUCGUUGGCGAUGGUGCCUGUGGUAAGACUUGUUUGUUGAUUGUCUUCUCCAAAGGCACAUUCCCUGAGGUCUAUGUCCCAACUGUCUUUGAAAACUAUGUCGCCGAUGUUGAGGUCGAUGGGAAACAUGUUGAACUAGCUCUAUGGGAUACGGCGGGCCAGGAAGAUUACGAUCGCCUCCGACCCCUAUCAUACCCCGACUCCCAUGUCAUCCUUAUCUGCUUCGCCAUUGACUCUCCCGAUUCACUUGACAACGUCCAAGAGAAGUGGAUUUCCGAAGUCCUACAUUUCUGCCAAGGUCUUCCUAUCAUCCUUGUUGGAUGCAAAUGCGAUCUGCGACAUGAUCCAAAGACCAUUGAAGAGUUGGCAAAGACCUCUCAGAAGCCCGUUACCCCGGAGCAGGGUGAGGAAGUCCGCAAGAAGAUCGGUGCCUACAAAUACCUUGAAUGCUCGGCCAAGACCAACCAAGGUGUUCGUGAAGUCUUCGAAUCCGCCACCCGUGCUGCCUUGUUGACUCGCAAGAGUGGAAAGAGCAAGAAAUGCUUGAUUUUGUAA